CUGGGCUCCUGCUCGCUCUCCCCUCUCUCGCUCCUCCUUCUCUCCCAGUCUCCCGCUCCAACUCCACCCGGCCGGCCCCGCACGGCUCCGGGAAGCCAUGGAGGAUGUCACGCUCCAUAUCGUCGAGCGGCCGUAUUCCGGAUUUCCCGAUGCCUCCCCCGAGGGCCCGGAGGCUACAGGGGAGGCACCGGCCACGGAGGAGCCGUCGGGGACUGGCUCUGACGAGCUGAUCAAGUCGGACCAGGUAAACGGUGUGCUCGUGCUGAGCCUUCUGGAUAAAAUCAUCGGCGCCGUUGACCAGAUCCAGCUGACCCAAGCCCAGCUGGAGGAGCGACAGGCGGAGAUGGAGGGUGCCGUGCAGAGCAUCCAGGGCGAGCUGAGCAAGCUGGGCAAGGCUCACGCCACCACGAGCAACACGGUGAGCAAGCUGCUGGAGAAGGUGCGCAAGGUCAGCGUCAACGUGAAGACGGUGCGCGGCAGCCUGGAGCGCCAGGCCGGCCAGAUAAAGAAGCUGGAGGUCAACGAGGCGGAGCUGCUGCGCCGCCGCAACUUUAAAGUCAUGAUCUACCAGGAUGAAGUCAAGCUGCCCGCCAAACUGAGCGUCAGCAAGUCGCUGAAAGAGUCGGAGGCGCUGCCGGAGAAGGAGGGUGACGAGCUGGGCGAGGGCGAGCGGCCCGAGGAGGACGCCGCGAUCGAGCUGUCCUCCGACGAGGCGGUGGAAGUGGAGGAGGUGAUCGAGGAGUCCCGCGCCGAGCGCAUCAAGCGCAGUGGCCUGCGGCGCGUGGACGACUUCAAGAAGGCCUUCUCCAAGGAGAAGAUGGAGAAGACCAAGGUGCGCACGCGCGAGAACCUGGAGAAGACGCGCCUGAAGACCAAGGAGAACCUGGAGAAGACGCGGCACACGCUGGAGAAGCGCAUGAACAAGCUGGGCACGCGCCUGGUCCCCGUGGAGCGACGCGAGAAGCUGAAGACGUCGCGCGACAAGCUGCGCAAGUCCUUCACCCCCGACCACGUGGUGUACGCGCGCUCCAAGACCGCCGUCUACAAGGUGCCGCCCUUCACCUUUCACGUCAAGAAGAUCCGCGAGGGCGAGGUGGAGGUGCUGAAGGCCACCGAGAUGGUGGAGGUGGGUCCUGAUGACGACGAGGUUGGCGCGGAGCACGGCGAGGCCACCGACCUGCUGCGCGCGAGCAGCCCCGACGUGCACACGCUGCUGGAGAUCACCGAAGAGUCAGACGCCGUCCUGGUGGACAAGAGCGACAGCGACUGAGCGGGACUCUCGGGGGCUCUGCCCUGGAGGCCGGCGCCUGACCCUGCCGCUCCCUGCCCCCUGCCCUGCCCUGCCCAGCUCCUUUCUCUUUUCAAACUUUCUAUUUCGCAUUCUCCUCAGCCCCAGUCUGGUUGAGCUUUUUCUAAGCUGAAAACACAUCCCUUGGAAGAGCACCUCAUUCAGAGCACAAGCCUUAGGCCGAGGGGAGGUGGUCUCCCACAAUGGACAGCCUCAAUUUGGACACAGCCUGGGUAGGAAGUAGGGAGAAUGGCCCAUGUCCAGGCUGUCAUGGCCUAGGACGCUUUUCCUUAGCUCUCUUAGUUGGGUCCUGUCGGGGUAUUUACCUCCCACUCGGCCUCUCCACCACAGCUUCAUACUCAGCAGCACCAUUCCCGCUUCCUGAGCUGUUUUUACCUUAUUCGCAUCCCAGGAGACGCUAAAGCCAAAAUUUAUGCAAGAGGAAAGAGUGAAUCCUAAAGACAACCCUUGUAGUGCCAGCUUGCUAUCUCAGCUACCUGGGAGGCUGAGGCGGGAGAUUUGAAAAUUCAGGGCCUGUCUGGGCUGUAGAGUGAGUUCAAAGCCAGCCUGAGCGAUUCAAUGAGACCCUGUUUCAAAAUAAGAAGAGAUGGCUGGGGUGUAUCAGUGAGAGAGCCCAUGCUCAGAAGAUGGUGGGAGCAAUUCAGAAUACCAUGAAGAAAGAAAAUGUGUAGGGAGACCUUUGCUCCCAUGGGAGGUAGCAAAUUCCAGUGGAAGACCUGAGGGCCUUUGGGGGAACCUAAGGCAAUAGGGUGGGGUGGAGGCAGAGUGUGUCUUGACCCUGGAUAAAGGUCCUACCAAAGUAAGCAGGAGGAGGCAAGCAGAGCCCAGGAAAGGAUUGGAUGUGUGUGUGGGGGGGCACAUGUACAAGUCUGCAAAAUCUGCACACAGGAGCACAUGAGUGUGGCUUUGGGAAGAAAGGGGGAAAUAGGGGAAAGUUGAAAUGGAAUAAGAAAGAAAUGCCCUCAUUAGCAACACAAAGAAACUGAAGCAGGAAUCUCACUUUCGUAGGGUCUCAGGACGCAGGAUGAUUUCAGGAACGGGAGGGCAGUCAAUUUUAGAAAGUGUUCCAAAGAGAGGUAGGUAAGCCAGUGUCUGGGAACUGCCUUCUGGGAAGCCUAGUUUUCCAAGCCCAGAAAAUUAGGAUUCCAGCAGGGGGCAGCAGCAAGCUGUGGAGAACAGGCAGUUCCGGUGGGAAGUAAGAGAGCAAGCCAGCAAGGUGCUAAGGGUGGGGCCCCCCAGCCCAGAGCAGAGAUUCCUAGGGGAGCUGGGGAGGCAGGGCUUGCUGACUUGCCCACCUCAGUUCCCUUCCAGCAGCUUCUAGUGUGGGUCUUUCCCUAGUAAAGCUGCAGAACUCGCCAAGACCUCUGUAAGUUCCUUGCCUUUGGGGGCACCUAACCUGAAAGUUUAGAGGGGUUUGCUGCUUCUUAUUGGAGGCUUCACUUCUAUAGUCAUUGACCAGGUUUUCUCCCGAGGACACAGUGGUCCCCCCUUUCCCUACCCUUUAAAGGCUAGUCAGGAGCAAAGACAACACCUCCCGCAAACGAUGGCUAGAGGAGGCUUUCUUCUCCCCACCUACCUAGCUUCCCUGCUCUGCUUUUUAGAAUUGCAGCUAAUUGAUAUUUGGGGUGUGUGUGUUGGGGGGGGGCGGAAACCACAAACCUUUUAUACAAUACGAAGCUUUGCAUUUUUUUUAAUUUUUAAUUUUCCUUUUUUUUCUUGAUUCCCUUCCCUCCUCCGGAUGAUUGAAGACACACAGCUGAGGAGGGCAGGAAAUGUAGGAUGAGGUCCCUUGGUGCUGGUGGGCUGAAGGGGCCUAAGUCAUGGGCAGAUGCAGUUUCCUGUGGGCUCUAGGGGAGCUCCUCAUGUUGCUGUGUUCUAGUGAGCAGCCGGACCAAUAAACCUGCUUUUCUAAAAGGA